CUUAUCUCUUCCCCGCCGUACUCAGGUUUUUCAGCCGCUAGCUUAUCUUCUACGCGCCGCGCGUGCCCACCCUCUGUCCUCGCCGCCAUGUCCUCUUCCUGCCGGCGCUCCUCCAGGGAGCUUCCUAGCUCACCCAGGUCGCCGCCGUUCGCCUCCAGCUCGCGACGCCCCCUGCUUUUCUCUCUCUCCCACACGGCCGCGCCUUGCCAAGAUCCGUGCUGAGCUCCCAUCGCCGCGCGCCCCCUUCUCCUCCAUAGCCGUGCGAGCUGAGCUCCCUGCUCGCGCCCGUCGCCCUGCCUGCUCGAGCGCGCGCCCGGCCCCAGCUCCAACCUUCCUCCCAUGGCUCUCGGGCUUCUCCAGGUCCGACCGGAGCUUCCUCUAUGCGGCGCUCCUGCUCCCCGGCUUGCCCCUCUGCCCGCCCCAUCUCCCAGGUGCUGGCCGCGAGCUCCUCGUCCGGCCCGGCCACCGACCUGUCUGUGCUCGUCCUGGUCUCGGACGCCACCGCGCCUCAACCUCGCCAUGACCCUGGUUGUGUCUGUCCGCUGCUCCAGCUCGUUGGCGGUCAAUGCCCUCACCCGGCCUUCAGCUCGCCUUGCCUCGGGCUGGCACAUCCUUGCCGAAGCGCCAUGCUCAGUGGGGUGCUCGCUGUCGGCAUCGCUUCAACUGCUCGGCCCUGUACAGGCCCUCGGCCAUGCUGUGCUGCUGAGCACAAUACCGGACGCCGCACAGCGAUGGUGCCCUCCCUGCUCCUCUCGGCCAGCUGCUUGCACGUGCUAUGCGACAUCGAGUCCGUGACGCUCGCGUGAUGGACGCUAUGAAGUCGCUGCGUGUGUUUGUGUCCGAGCCCGUCCGGCUGCAAGCUCGCUUUGCUCCUCACGUUGCUGCUCGUCGAGUCCUUCCCCAGUCCACGCUCUCUCCCUGUCCAUCGUCGCAUCAUUCGCCAUCGAGCCUCGCUGCCCAUCGUGGAGUUCCCUACUGUCAGCCUCCGCACCCGUCCUAGGCCAUCGUUGCCAGUUUGCCUAUGUCCCGUUGUGGUGUUGUGCUACCGUCGAGUCCUGAUGUCGAUCUGGUGGCCGUCGAAGCGAAGCUCUAAACAGAUUUGGCCACAUCCAGCACUAUCCAUGUCAUUGUCGUUCGCCUUCACGCUGUGUGCAACAACAUCAUCGUUUCCCUUAAUGUGCUCAUCCUCAAUCUCCGCCUCGCCAUCACCCUUGGUCGCAGCACCGUGUCGACGACUUGCGAUCCUCGCCCUCGCGCUCACGCUUCGUCAAAUGCCACUCCAGUACUCACUAGAAGAAGAUCUUCAGUAGUUGAUUACUGAAGAAAAGAAGACCCCUAGGUGACGUCUAUCUAGUGCUCGACGAAAAGUCUGAAGUAGAAUUUGUCGCCGUGUCCAUGGAAGUGGAGCGACUUGAUAUUGGUAAGCGAACUCGUUACUUUGGAUAGUGGGUAUGAUAAUUGGAUUGGUAGAUUUAUUAAUUGUGAUGAUCUUCGUGUUUAGCACAUGCGCGUUGUGGUAGGUUAAAUAUAUGUUAAGUACGAUGGAGUUAGUAAUGCGAAAGGUAGAUUAAAUUAUGUGAUAUUCGGGCGAGCUGAUGAUGUAAAAGAUAGAUAUGCUACGAGCAUGUGUCUUGGAAUUUCCACAAAAGUGGGAUGAUUGUUUGCCAUUGGCAGAGUUUUCCUAUAAUAAUAGCUAUCAAGAGAGUA